AUGGCUGCUUCUCAGGGGCUGUUGACAUUCAAGGAUGUGGCUAUAGAAUUCUCUCCAGAAGAGUGGGAAUGCCUGGACUACUCUCAGCGAAUAUUGUACAGGACUGUGAUGUUAGAGAACUACAGAAACUUGGGUUUUUUGGGACUUGCUGUCUCUAAGCCAGACCUCAUAACAUGUCUGGAGCAAAGGAAAGAGCCCCUGGAUGUGAAGAGACACAGCACGCUAGCCAAACUUUCAGUUGUGACUUCUCAUUACACUGAGGGCCUUUUACCAGAGAAGAGCAUAGAAGACUCACCUACAAAGAACCCGAUGGGAAAAUAUGGAAAAUUUGGCCUUAAAAUCCUAUGCUUAAAAAGAUCUUGGGAUAGUGUGCAUAAGGGUGAAGGGCAGAUAGCAUGCUCAAUAGCAAAUAACCAUUACAAAUAUAAUAAAAGUGGGAAAGUCUUUCAUCAACACUCCAAAUUUAUCCACCAGAGUAUCCAUAUUUCUAAAAUGACUUUCAAACAUGAAUAUGGCAAAAUGUUUAACCAGUCCUCAAAGUGUAGUCAACAUCAAAAAAAUAGUGGAGGAAAUGUACACACUACAUGUGGGAAAACAUUUAGAAAAUCACCUUAUCUAAAUAGAUGUGAAAGAAUCCACAUUGGAGAGAGAGGCUUCCAAUGUGAAGAAUGUGGCAAAGCCUUUCAUACUCAUUCAGACCUUGAUCAACAUACUGUAAUCCAUACUGGAAAGAAACCCUACAAAUGUGAAGAAUGCAGCAAAACCUUUCACAGUCGUUCAGACCUUGUUCGACAUAUGAUGAUCCAUACUGGAGAGAAACCCUACAAAUGUGCAGAAUGUGGGAAAGCCUUUUGCUCUCAUUCACACCUUACUCAACAUAUGGUGAUCCAUACUGGAGAGAAACCCUACAAAUGUAAAGAAUGUGGCAAAGCCUUUCGCUCUCAAGGAGGGUUUGCUGGACAUAAGACCAUCCACACUGGAGAGAAAUCCUACAAAUGUGCAGAAUGUGGCAAAGGUUUUAUUCAGUACUCAAAGCUUAUUGCACAUCAGCGUAUCCAUACUGGAGAGAAACCCUACAAAUGUGAGGAAUGUGGCAAAGCCUUUCGUUGGCACUCAGUUCUUAUUCAACAUCAGAGUGUUCAUACUGGAGAGAAACCCUAUAAAUGUGCAGAAUGUGGCAAAGGCUUUACUCACUACUCAAAGCUUGUUGUACAUCAGCGUAUCCAUACUGGAGAGAAACCCUACAAAUGUGAAGAAUGUGGCAAAGCCUUUGGUUGGCACUCAAGUCUUAUUCAACAUCAGAGUGUUCAUACUGGAGAGAAACCCUAUAAAUGUGCAGAAUGUGGCAAAGGCUUUUAUCGGAACUCAAAGCUUAUUGUACAUCAGAGUACCCAUACUGGAGAGAAAUGUUACAAAUGUGUAGAAUGUGGUAAAACCUUUCGGUCUCAUUAUGGAUUUGUUGGACACAUGACCACCCAUACUGGAGAAAAACCCUACAAAUGUGAAGAAUGUGGCAAAGCCUUCCACAAUCGUUCAAACCUUGCUCGACAUACUAUGAUUCAUACUGGAAAGAAACCCUACAAAUGUGAAGAAUGUGGCAAAGCCUUUCGUUGGCACUCAGGUCUUAUUCAACAUCAGAGUGUUCAUACUGGAGAGAAACCCUAUAAAUGUGCAGAAUGUGGCAAAGGCUUUACUCACUACUCAAAGCUUGUUGUACAUCAGCGUAUCCAUACUGGAGAGAAACCCUACAAAUGUGAAGAAUGUGGCAAAGCCUUCGGUUGGCACUCAAGUCUUAUUCAACAUCAGAGUGUUCAUACUGGAGAGAAACCCUAUAAAUGUGCAGAAUGUGGCAAAGGCUUUUAUCGGAACUCAAAGCUUAUUGUACAUCAGAGUACCCAUACUGGAGAGAAAUGUUACAAAUGUGAAGAAUGUGGUAAAACCUUUCGGUCUCAUUAUGGAUUUGUUGGACACAUGACCAUCCAUACUGGAGAAAAACCGUACAAAUGUGAAGAAUGUGGCAAAGCCUUUCACAAUCGUUCAAACCUUGCUCGACAUACUAUGAUUCAUACUGGAAAGAAGCCCUACAAAUGUGAAGAAUGUGGCAAAGGCUUUACUCAGUACUCGACACUUAUUGUACAUCAGCGUAUCCAUACCAGAGAGAAACCCUACAAAUGUGAAGAAUGUGGUAAAGCCUUUAGGUCUCAUUAUGGAUUUGUUGGACACAUGACCAUCCAUACUGGAGAAAAACCCUACAAAUGUGAAGAAUGUGGCAAAGCCUUUCACAAUCAUUCAAACCUUGCUCGACAUACUAUGAUUCAUACUGGAAAGAAACCCUACAAAUGUGAGGAAUGUGGCAAAGGCUUUACUCAGAACUCGACACUUACUGUACACCAGCGUAUCCAUACUGGAGAGAAACCCUACAAAUGUGAAAUAUGUGGCAAAGCCUUUCACUGUCAUUCAUUACUUACUCAACAUACCAUCCAUACUAAAGAGAAACCCUACAAAUGUGAUGAAUGUGGCAAAGGCUUUUGCUCUCAUAAAAGAUUUGUUACACAUACGAGGAUCCAUACUGGAUAGAAACUCUACAAAUGUGAAGAAUGUGGCUAAGCCUUUUGCUCCCAUAAAGUAUUUACUGAACAUAAGAUCAUCCAUACUGGGGAGAAACCUUACAAAUGUGAAGAGUGUGGCAAAGUCUUUUGCUCUCAUAAAGGAUUUGCUGGACAUAAGACCAUCCGUACUGGGGAGAAACCCUACAAGUGUGAAGAAUGUGCAUUUGCUGGACAUAAGACCAUCCAUACUGGAGAGAAACCCUACAAGUGUGACAAAUGUGGCAAAGCCUUUUGCUCUUAAAUGAUUGCUAUACAUGUGAGGAGCCAUACUGGAGAGAAACUCUACAAAUGUGAAGAAUGUGGCAAAGCCUUUGACUCUCACAAUAGAUUUACUGGACACAAGAUUAUUCAUACUGGAGAGAAAUGCUACAAAUACGAAAAAUUUGGUCACAGGAUGACAGAGGCUGCAAGGAAGACAUGUGGACCUCAUGGAGAAGGAAGACAACCCUGUGGGGACGACCCAGCUUUGUGUACAAAAGCAGGAGAGGAAGGCCCGAUCAGAGUCCAGAAACCACCCACUCAUUUCCGGCUUCUGCUUGAGCAAUUUCCAAGGCCACCUCCUGUUGAUCGAAUAAAGGUCCAGGCUCCACCCCCUUGGAUCUUGAGCGACGGUGGAUGCCAUCAGAUAGUACGGGUGGACGCUGGGACAUCCGAAAGCCGGGAGAUGGUGGGUGUGGGGGCGGGUGCGAGAAGGGGAGGACGAAUGGACACGGAGGAAACAGCUGUGGCGGGACUGGCCUUUCUGUCACCUCCGAGCCUGCACGCCACCCCACCGGCAGCUCGGUUCGGUCUCAUUGGCGCAGGGUGGGGCUGGACUGGUCCCCAGGGUCCUGUCCCUGCAGCGACCUCGCUCAGCGAAGGCUUUACCAGACAAUCCCGCUCUCCAGAUGUGCGGGACCGGGGAGGACACUGUCACCUAAAAGAAAUGCCGGAGAAGGAGGAGGAACAGGCAAAAAUGGCUGAUUCCCAGAUCCCAUGGCCACUUGAUAAAUAUGUGUCAUUUUCAGGGGCUGUUGACAUUCAGGAUGUGGCCAUAGAAUUCUCUCCAGAAGAGUGGGAAAACCUAGAUCUUGCUCAACAGAUUUUGUACAAGAAGAUGAUGUUAGAGAACCUUAGGAAUCUAGUGUUUCUGGGGAAGCUUGACUGCUGCUUCUGCCAGGCCCUGCUGAUAAAAGCUAUUAGAUACCUCUGA